AUGCCGGCCAUCCCACCAUCCCCCCUGAGGCUGUCUCACCGCCAUAGUCACAGCCAUUCCUCCAACCUCGAUUUCGACCCCAUCUCCCCCGGAACCUACGCUCCCAAUGGUUUCUCUCAGAGUCCUAUACAUUCGCCUCGGACCCCUCGGUCCUCAGCGCCCCCUUCGCCGGUGGAACCCCGCCAGCGGAAUGCGCAAGUCAUGAACGGGUCGUACAGGCUAUCAGGUGACUUCGAAGGCCCUGCAGACGCCGCAGGGGGGCUGGGAAACCUUGCAGACGAACUCGCGGACGCGUGGGACGAAGAAGAGGAAGGGGGUUAUGGCUAUGUCUCUGGCCAGGACAAUGCAUCGGGGGACCUACAAGGCACAACCCGGAGUGACGGGGAGGACGAUUACAAUAUGGGACCGCGAUCGCCCUUGUCAGAUUACGCGCCGGACCAUACCUCGCUGCAACCGCCUCGGGUCAAAGCUCGCAACGGCAGUCAACGAAAUCACCGGCGACAUGAAUCGCAAUACGAUGGCUCUGACUACGGCAACGAGUCGGAUUUCGAGGAAGCGACAGACAUAUCGCCUAGUCUGGAGGGGCAGAUGGCUGAGAUCGAAAGCUUAGUCCGGCGAGGAAUCGAGAACAACGGCAGUGAGAACGAUCAUGUCAUCAGACGUGUUGUUGAGACGCUCCGGGACCUAGGGAGUCAGAGCGGGAUCGAGAAUAACGCCAUGAGACUAAUAACAGCACACACCUCCAUCACCUCGCACUUAACACACCAGACCAGAACGCUCCAGACCCUCACCCACCCCCUCCUCUUCUCCCCCUACCCGCUCCUCUCUCCGGACGCCAUUGACGAGCUAAUCCCGCUCAUCGACGAAGGCCUUCUGCCUAACCUGCCCUACCCGUUCCCCGGCCAGCCACGCCACUCCUCCAGGCCAACCACCCCUUCUCAAUCGCCCUCGUUGAACCCACUCGUCUGCCUCCAGACUCUUAUCGCGCAAACAACGGACCUAACGCUGUCCCUCCGAGGGCUAAGCGACACGCUCUACGAAUCGCGACAGCUAACUGCAACCGCCUCGCGACGACUGCGGUCCGCACGGGAACUCGUCGCCGAGCUGCGCCGCGAGGAGGAAGGCCGCGAAGAAGCUACCCGGUGGAUCGAAAAGGGGGACUGGGACCGCCGGCUGCGAGACCGCGAAGCUGGCCGCGUCUGUCGGGACGUCGUCAGUGGGUUCGAGGCCGUGUGUGGCGAAUGGAGGGAAAGGCUCUUUGGUGCGGCUGUUGUUGCUGCUCCUGGGACGGAAAUGGCCGCUGCUUGA